UGUCGAUGACAGACUGGGACAGUGGGACAGUCGGCUCGUGGGUGCAGUACUAGCAGAGCGUACGUGCGUGCAACAUCACAUGCUAGUGAGUCAACAUUGUACAAUAUAACAGAGAUCGGAUGAUAUAAUGAUCAUUUCGUGAGGAUAUUUCAACCACCUUCGACCAAGCUUGAGACGUACGCACCAAUCCCUGAUCCGCACCUGCUCGGAUCCCGUCGUCAUGGCAACGGCACGAGCUCUGCUGCUGCUCCUCGCCUGCCUCGUGACGUCAUCGCGCGCGAACCCGACAUCGGAAAAUCUCGUCGCCUGCUCGCCGCGCGACGCGUGCGACCCCUCGCGGCCACCUGACGUCUUCACUCAACGCAACUGCUUCUGCGACGACGAGUGCGUGGAUUACGAUGACUGUUGCACCGACGCACCGGCAGUCCUUGCCGACAAAGACGUCGCCGCCGACACUACUGACGACCCCACCGUCGGCGCCGACAACAACAAAGGCACUGACGCCGACGCUACUGACGACGCUGCAGCCGACACCACUGCCGACAACAAAGGCACUGACGCCGACGCUACUGACGACGCUGCAGCCGACACCACUGCCGACAACAAAGGCACUGACUCAACUACCAACGCCGACGACGACGACGUCACGUCGGUGGACGAGAACGCCGCUAGAUGGAGCUGCGGUUUCGUGAGCACGAACGGCGUCGGCACGUACGUGAAGUCGCUCUGUCCGAGCGCGUACCGCGAUGUGGCGCUGCGAGCGGCGUGCGAGAGCGGCGGCGACAGCAGCUCGGAUCCGGCCGUGUCGCUACCCGUCACGAGCGCGCGCACCAACGUCACCUACCGGAACGUGUUCUGCGCGGUCUGCCACGCCGACGCAGCCGACGUAGCGUACUGGGUGCCUCGCGGCGCAUGCACGUACGAUCCCGUCUCCAUGCGCCUACACACGCUCGAGCAGAUACUUCUCAACUCCGUGCACAGGGUGCGCCACAAUCGCUGGUACCUCAACAGCAACUCGGCGUACAGCUGCCGCGUCGACGUGCCGCGGCCGCCAGGUGUCGCCUCGCGUCGCUGCAAGCCGAACACGGGCGCCUGUCCCGUCGGCUGGCCAAACGACGCCGUGCGGCGCGCAUGCGCAUCGCACGCCGCGUACGUGUACGCGCGCAGACGACCGGGAGUCUACCGCAACGCGCACUGCGCGCUCUGCGACGGGAAAUCUCUGAAGGAUUUUAGCUGUCAGCUGAGCUACGGAGUGAAGGCCGACGGUCGUCACGCGAUCUACGACAGCGCGCUCCACCUGGCGCUCGACAUGCCCAUCGGUAAGCAGCCAGCGCCCCCCGGUGGCGAGGAGGCGCGCGCAUGCAGCGCCGCCUACCCGCAGAGCUUCUACGAUCCGUUCGCGCAAGCCUGCAGACGUGUUUACUGCGACGCGAUGGCGCCCCCUGGCGAUGACUGUAUGCUCAGGGAAGAGGCGCCCCCUGGUGCCGCCAGGGGAUUCCCUGGUACUGCUAGAGGUCUCGCUGGUCCUCCAAGCGGGCUCCCUGGUCCUCCUAGAGGCCUUCCUGGUUCUCCAAGCGGGCUUCCCUGGUUCUCCAAAACGGGUUCCCUGGUUCUCCACAGCGGCUCCCUGGUUCUGCGUAAGGAUGCUCCCGCCGGUGCAGCUUCGCCAGUGGCUUCCGGACCCGAGACGCUGCGAUGCAUCUGGAUACGGGUUCGGGAGAGAAGGAGGCGGAGCUCUGGAAGAUGA